UCUCAUUGUUUCUUAUGUUAUCAUCAUUCAGUUCCGAGUCUAGUAAAAUGGUAGCUAGUUAUAUAAAUAUUUUCAAUAAAUUUGUUUAUCAACUUUUAUAGAUAGUUUUAUAAAAAGCUACAACUCAAAAAAAUAAAUAUAAAAGCUUUUAAAAUCAUCAAAUCAUAAAUCAGACACAGCGCACAAAAUAGACUGCAUCCUCUUAACAGAUUUUUUUUUGUUUGGACAACGCCGCACUCACUCACUCACAGUCUCUCUGACCACUGUCUAAUACUACUCCCCACCGCCCCCUCAGAUUUCUCUGGUCACUUCCCCACCGCCCCGUCACAAUUCUCCCCCAUUCCCCAUCCUACCAUGGCCGUCAGCUCCCUCUCUCCAUCGCCGGCUCUUCAUGGUCAGGCCGCCACUCCCCUUCGUUCCCACUGCCGGCGCGAGGUCCGCAGCCCCUGCUCUUCCUCCUCUUCAUGUUGAAUCUGGUCGCGGAAGUGGCCGAGGAGGCCCUCGAGCUCGGCAUGCUCGCGCGAGCAAUCCAACAGUAGGCGCCGUCAGAGGCGGACGCGGAGGCACGGGACUCGCACGCCCCUGCUCUACCCUGCUCCCUCUUCGAAUCUGGUCGCCGAAGUGCUCGAGGAAGCGCUAGAGCUCGGCAUGCUCGCUGGCGAAGCCGGCCCCUUCUCUCCUCCUGAAUCCUGAUGCGAGGGAGGUCCCCCAUCGCCGAUGGAGGCGUACCAGAAAGUGCAGGAGUUCGACUUGUCCAGCGGCGCUGAUUGGAAGACGACCGCCAACGUCCUCUUCACGGUGCCCCCAAGCACAAGGAGUUCGGAUAAAUCUGCUUGCAAGGCUCUCGAUGAUAUAUCCAUUUUCAUCAAUUGCUCAAGGGUGUGGUCAGUUGGAGAAGACAUUACUAUGAUUUUUUUUCAGGAGGUGCAGGGAGCUGACGGCAUAUCCGCGGUGAGUGGUGAUGGAGGAACAGCCGCACACUUGAUGGCUUGGUGCAGGGCGGUGAGGGCGCCGACCAGGAAGGCGAUGCCAUUGCCGGGCGUCGAGGUCGUAGUCCCGGAAGCCGACGAUGCUUCCAUGCGGCGAGGGGAUAAGCCUGGGGAUCUGUUGCUUAUUUUAUGGGAUAUAUGUUAUGUUUUUCUUUGCAUGGCCUGCGUGGUGCGUGAUUGUAGGGGUUUUGGUCGAGCCCGCGUGGAGUCUAUGAUGCGGUGGGGCGGUGGAGCAUGGUCAAUCAACCUUAAUUGUUGGGUGCACACCAGAGACACAUGAGAUAAAGGCUAUCCGUUGGAUUGAGAUUAGUGGGUCUAAUCAUGGGGUUGUAAUGGUCUGUGUAUGUUUUGUGGGGUGCGUUUAGUGAAGUUCUUGUUGGAUUGUUUAAUAGUA